AGAAUUGAAUUAAAGUCAGUCGUUCGUAUUCAGUUGUAAAGUAUCAGAAGAAGAUUAAAAGACAAGAAAAUGCGAGUAAUCUUUUUAUUAUUCUGUGUUGCUUAUGCAGCAUCGCUUGAAAAUCCAACUCGUUUAGAAGGUUCUAGUGAAGAUGAAAAUCCAGUCGAUGGAAUUGAUCAAGUUUUGCAGCAUUAUCAUCAAAUUGAUUACGCUCCUUUUGUAUCAGUCGAAAAAGCCAAAGAAGAUGCUUUAAAUGCAAUUACUAAUUCUAUUUCAAAUUUAAUAAAAGCAGAUCAACAUGACGAAGCUAAAAGAUUAUUUGAAGGACUUAAUAAACCAGAAAUAUUAAGGGAAGUUGUUAAAGCAGCCUAUGAUGCAGAUUUAAUGAAUACAGUUAAAUUGAUUGAAUUUUUGAGACACUUAGAUGACAAAACUUAUCAAAUGAGAGGAUUCUCAGCAUUGUAUGAUGAAAUGAAGAAAAGAAGAAACAUGAGGAACUCUGUAGUUAUUGAAGUUGCAUAUUGGAUGAGACAUCAUGUUGAAGACGCAGAUGUUGCCUUAGAAACUGAUGAAUUUGUUGAAAGAUUUCUUUAUUAUGACACGGAAAAAUAUUCAAUAAUUAAUGAAGCCAUGCAAAUUUUAGGAGAAAAACUUAGAAGUGGAAAUUCAGAUCAAGUUUUAAUGUUAUCUAAAACAUAUCCUGGUGCUUUCACAUCUAUUGUACCAAAAUUAAUUGAAGCAACUUAUAAUGGUGAUGUGAGCAAUUUUAAUGCUAUAAUGGGUCUUGUAAGAACUGAUGAUUUACCUCAAAUGCAUAAGGAAAAAGUUCUUGAUGCUCUUUUGACACAAAUGCACAAAAAUAAUCAUCUUGGAACACAAAAAUUCGAAACUUUGAAAACUAUGAUUAAUUCAUCAAAUAUGAGUGCAUUAAAGAGAAGACUUGGACUCAUUUCAAGAGAUAGUGCUUAAAUUAUGCU